AUGGUGACAUUGGGUUCAAUGACAGCUUGCUCUUCUAUUGGUAGCAACACUAGCCAUCCCAAGGCUCUCCCAACACCAGAAGUAGCUAAGACUGCACCUGAUGGCUCAUGGGAACUUUGGUCUACUUUAGCAAAUUCUGAUAGCAACCCUCAAUUCUGGCGUGAAUUUGGCACUCCAACAAACUUCUACAGUCGCGUCGAGGAAAGUAACUGGCUAUCUUUCACGGUCACGUUAAAGGACCCUAGCUUCAUAGAACGAUAUGAGACAUGGUCUGGCGACAAAGCCGGGACUGGAGCACUAUGCUUGGUUAAUGAGCAUAGUUGUCCCCCAUCAGCCGCAUUUCCUCAACCAAACAGCCGGAACCCAAGUCUUCUGGGGUUAUGGGCUUUUCCUGCCCACACCGGUGAUUUCGUCAAGAAACCUAUGUCGGAAUGUUCAGGAGAAGAAAUUCUUAAGGAAUUGUUAGGCCAUUUAAAAUUUCCUGAGCAGCCUACUCUUAACACAUCCAUCACGAUCCCGUCUAUGUUGCCCUAUAUCACUUCUCAAUUCUUGACACAAAACAUAGGAGAUAGGCCGCUAGUCAUUCCGAAGGGAAGUACAAAUUUAGCUUUGCUUGGGCAAUAUGUGGAGAUUCUAGAGGACACAGUCUUUACUGUUGAGUAUAGUGUGCGUGCAGCACAAAUUGCCGUACACGAACUUAUGGGGACGAAGAGAAAUCCCAGGUCUAUUUAUAAAGGGGCACAUAAUGUGAAAGUUUUGGCGGAUGCAUUAAGGAUGUUGCUAACAUGA